GCGUUAGAGACUCGUAAAGAUUUACAUUAGAUACUCGAAAAGGCACAGCGCUUAAAAUUUACUUGCAUCUUUUUUCAAUGCUAAAUUUUUUGUUACCACUGUAUUUAUAGAAUUAGAAAUUUUUUUACGCUAGCAUUAAAGCACUUCACACUGGUUACUUCUAAGUAAAAGAAUUAUCAACAACAUUUUUUUUUAUCAUUGAGUAAAUAAGUGGUAACUACACUACAUUUAACAUCAUACUUUCCUGGGUCCAAAACGUGUGCAAUAACGGGAAAAUAAAAUACAAAACAAUGCUGUUAUAUUUUUUAAUUAUUUGUACGACAGACUGUUUAAUUGUGAAUUAUGGCAGCUAUGCUGCUGGCAUAAUAAACAUAACAACAACAAAAAAGGACGCUAAUAUAGCGACAGGUAUACCUGUGAAUUCACACAAAACCUAUGAAACAACAAAUUUUAAUACACCAACAACAACGUUAAGAGAAGAAACACCGAUGGAAAAUGUUUUAAGCAUAAUAAAAUGGCAAAAGCUGUCAACCGCAGGGACUUUGGCGAGCAAAAUAGAAAGAGCAACCCCCUCUAAUCUCGGCACCCAUAUACCAAAACAAGCAGUUGAAACAGCGUUAAGCGCAUUGACCCGCGAAGCGCGUACUUUCCGGCGGUUAUUUCCACUUUUACGUAAUGCCACAGAUGCACCGGGUCUUCUCGGUGACAAUGGAUUGUUGCCUCUGCUCUUGACCAAUUUACUAUCUAACGAUAAUGUUGGUGUAAUUGCAGCGAGCUUAAUAAGUGCACUACGAGAUAGGGCAACAACACCAGCAGCAACUACAGCUGUUGCAACAGGAACAACUGCAGUAAAUAAUACAACUAAUAAUUUUUAUAGCACACCAAAUAAUCCAUACUAUUAUGCCGGACAAAAUUAUUAUGCGCCUUACGGUUACUAUUAUGGCUAAUUCGGUUUUAUUUUGAAUGUUUCAAUAAAAGUUUACAGUUCAAAUAUUCUUUAUCGAAUUAAAUAAUUUAUUGUCGUCUUUACGUCACGCAAUCUUAAGAUUAAAAACAUUAUGGUUUUGGUCCAGCUGAAAAAAAUAUCUAUAUUGCUGAUGCUGGUUUUAACUAAUAGUUAUCAACAACAGAAAUACUGAUUAGGACCUACUGUCGAGCAAUUUAAUCCAUCUUGGAGUGAUUGUCAAGGAGAUAACCCUUUUAAGACCAAAUACUGAUUAUGAGAAUGAAAAAAUAAUAAUAAGUUACAUACUUUAAACUUCCGAUAUCGAGUUAGUAAAGUUCGUAAAAAUAUAUAAGUCAGAGAGAUCCAGUUUUUCAAUGUGCUUCCCUUGCUCCAUUAUUUGCCUAAUAUGAAAGUUUUCUUGGCAGUAUUUGAGAUAAGUUGCAAGUAUAAAUCGGCAAGAGCUCUUACAGGCAAUGCUAAAUCUCUGAACAACUAAUAAAAAUAGUAAAUACACUUAAUUGGAGAUUAUUUCAAUAACUUCAUUUAAAAUUUUGGAAGUCAAUUCCACAUUCGUAACUCCAUUACCGGAAAUUUUAAAUGUAGUUUUUAUUCACAACCACGCGUAUGCGCAUUUAAUGCGAGUAUUACUUAUUUCCUCUAUGAGUUUUCUAAGAUCAUGUCAAAAACGUUUUUUUAAUUGAUUUGUUAGGAUCGAAGAAUUAAAAUAUGACUUUUCUCAUAGAGGAAUUUACUUGUUAGGCUAAAAUAGUACCCAAAGCUAAUGAAUCGGUUUACUAUAAGGAUAAAACUAUGUAUCUUUCGACCAAGAGCUGUAUGAAUUCUACCAAUAUUAAAGAAAAAUUCGGAAGAAACCAAAUUACCACAGAAAUCGAUAGUAGUGUGUUAGUGAUUUUGAGCUUCCUAUAUACUUGUAUUAUAUAUAAAGGCAUACUUUUAAUUCUCGCCACAACUUUGUUCUACACAAUUUGAAAAUAUUGUGAUGUGGGUUUGUCCAAAAUAAAAACAUAACAUUUGAUUGAAAAAAUCACCGACGGCUACAGCUUCGUUGCUCUCUCUUAUUUACUUACUUUUGUUUGAUGCAGUAUAAAACGCGACUCAACGCUUAGAGCAAGCGGCAGUCGUAUGACAACCACUGCUGGAGUAGCAUCUUUAAGGCAUUGUCAAGCCGAGCAAGCAAAAAUGUGGACACACCUUCAAUGUAGACGUCAUAACAACGGAGUUUUCUUAUCAGCGUUGCUGCUUUUAACCCUCAACGGAGCUACGUCGUCACCGUCGCCGGGUGGACAUACAACCAGUUUUGAGCAGCUGUUCUCAACUGAUCCUAAUAAUGCGACCUUCACUCCACUCUGCGAUGAUGCGCAAUUACGGAAUGUGGCACAACAGGUUGCACAGCUCAAGACUUCUAGUGACAAUAUUUUUCUCCAGCUGGAUUCAUACAAUUUAAGAUUGUACUACAUUAAAACGUUGUUGGAUGAACGCUUACCGAAGGUAAAGUCCAAUCCACAUUGGAUUGAUGUGCGAGGUGGUGUAGAAGGCAGUGAAAAAUCUUCAACACAUACAUCAAGUGGUGGUAUACUUUUCCCGACAAUAAGUACAGCGUCUUCCGCUAGUGGCGCAAACAAACCGGUUGCCAGCUCACAAUCUUCUGUUGGCGGCAUCGACUUGCCUGUUAUUAGUACACAAUCAUCUGCUGGUGGUAUUAAUAUACCGGCUACCGACUCGCAAUCAUCUGCUAGCGGCGCUAACAUGACGGCUACUGAUUCACAGUCUGCCACAGGUGGUGCAUACAUUCCCCCGCCCACCACUGAUUCAUCAUCAGCUUGUGGUUGCAAUACACAAACUUCAUUCAAGUCGGGAUUAAAUGGCGCCCUUUGUCCUUACAGUAAUCCCGUAUUGGCGCCUAACUGCGCAGAGGCCGUGAAACGAGCUGGUGCUAAUGCUACGAGUGGUAUCUAUCAGCUUUAUUUACCUGAUUCGGGCUUAAAACCUUUCUAUGCCUACUGCCUGAUCGAUACAAAUGGCGGACCAGCCUGGACAGUGGUGCAACGGCGGCAAGAUGGUUCGAUCUCUUUCCAUCGCAAUUGGGAUGAAUAUCAGGCGGGUUUCGGUAAUUGGAAUGGUGAAUACUUUAUUGGCUUGGAACGUUUGCAUGGCAUAACACAUGCAACGUUGAACGAGUUGUGGGUUCAGAUGGAGGACUUUGAGAACGUCACUCGUUAUGCCCGUUAUGUGAAUUUCGCCAUUGGCGACGAGCAUGAAGCGUACGCAUUAAAUAUGCUUGGCAAAUUUAAAGGUAAUACAGGGGAUUCUUUACGCACGAGUCAAGGUCAGAAGUUCAGCACGAAAGAUGCCGAUCAUGAUAUGUGGGAUCGUAAUUGCGCAGAGGUGUACACGGGCGCGUGGUGGUAUAAUGCGUGUCAUGAUAGUAAUUUGAAUGGCCAAUACUUACGUGGUAAAUACAAUAAAGAUAAGUAUGGCAAAGGUAUCGAUUGGGCACACUGGCAUGGUCAUGAGUACUCCCUAAAAUAUGUGCAUAUGGCUGUUAGACCUGUGCAAUAAAAAAUUUAAGUCUGAAAAUUUAUCAAAACAACCAUUAUGUCACGCCUAACUCAUAUAUAUAUAUAUAUUUACACAUAAACAUUUCUAAUUAAUAAUUACUAAGUAAAUAAAGUAAAAUACUCAAUUUCUAAUUGAUUUUUUUUAUUUACUAAAAAGAGCAAGAAAUAUAAAUUGUUGCUGAACAAUUUGAUAAAACCCCGACGGUUAGCAGUUGUUACUACAGAUCAUGUUGGUUUUAAAGCAAUCAGUCUUAAUAAGCUCCAAGCUGAAUAGAACAACAAUUGUCUCAAAUAAUACUUUUUAGCCGUCAAAGUUAAUGUAUGUGACAAAAUCAAAAUAAGAAUUUUCCAGCAAAGUUUCUUCAAAAUCAUUCUGUAUUCCACGUAAAAACUGGACUUUUCAGAAAAAUUUCAAGAGAGAGAGUUUUCAUUUUCCACGUGGUGCAUUCAUAA